GCGGCUUUUGCCUAUGUGGCCAAAUUCCCCUUCUGCAUGAUGAGUUUUGCUUCUGCUGGAAUGGAACCUGGCCCAUGUUGGUCUUGGGUCUAGCACGCGGUGCAAGAAAGACCCAUGUCUGUUUCACGUUAGCGGAUCACGGGAAUUGGAUAGUUAUUUGGUUGCGAGAAAAGACGUGCCGGAGAUCGGAAAGGCCUGGGUGCCAGAGCCUCUCUGUGUUCAAGGGAACCGGAGCGGCUUCCUGCCCAGUGAGGAAGGAGGACGAUGAUGUUCGUCCAUCGUUUUCGAUGAGGACCUUGACAUCUAACGGAUUGUGAGUUGUCCACGGUGUGUCCGCAGGUGGCUGAUAAGGCCAAUACGGGCACGGAGUGGUGUCUUUCUUUGGAGCAGACCUGUGUAGGUUUGCUCUGUCUUAGUCGCUGCUCUAAAGUUCGGGAGAAACUGUCCCAGGAGAAAGACCUCUGUGAUCUGAUGAGGCCAGGACUUGGGGCUUUGGGUUCAAAUCCUCACUCAUCCCCUUGUCCAACCACCGUCUUGCAUCUGUUGCAAAGUUAAAACUUAAGCAGCCAAAAAAACAGGGGUGCAGAACUGCUUGCAGUCCGAGGGCCACGUUCUGUUCCGCGGGCCACAUCUUGAUGGUGGGCGGAGCUAAAUGAAAAAGGGGAGGGGCCAAGGCUAAAGGAAUAAGGAUCAAGGAUACCAGUGUGUUUAGCUUAAAGCUGUUCCUGCCAGUAAUUAAACCUUGCAUGAGGCAUUUUGACCUUUUCGAAUGGGCAGGGAGGGAGGUACGAAAGAUGGGCAACCACCAGGCCAUCAGUGUUGUGGGGAAAGGGAGUGUCCAGGGAGAAGGGGUAGCCAUUUGAGGAACUUGGUGGGCUGGACUUCUCCUUGGACCAACUGGAUUUGUCCCUCAAGGCCUCUGCUCAGCACCACUGCGAUGUGAAACCUGAGGGGGAAGGAACAGAUACAAACGUGGAUGAAGCAUUCCUGCAGCUGUGGAAUGUGCUGGGUGUCUGGAAGAGUCUUGGGGUGUGCUUGGGAGGUUACUCACAUGUUGUAGGUUACUCGCAAGAAGCCCAGGAAUGCUGGGAACUUUUCAUCCAGUGUGGAACUGCUCACUGUCAGAUUGGACUACCUUGCAGGGUGGCUGCUGUGAGGAUAAAGCAGGUGAGAAGAGCCAUGUAAGCGGCCCUGAAAGAGGGAGAAAGGGGAUUUUAACUUAAUGCAAGAAUACUAACAAUGCCAGGGGUCCUGUUACCUUCUAAUAGUCACCCUAGCUCAGCUGCCAGCGGAGGAACCGUUUUGGCCGAAGGGCCAAAGGAGAGCAAAACUUUCACAGCGGCUCGGAGGGUUCUUUUCUAGGAAGCUAAUUUCUGCUUUGAUGCCUGGAUGAGUUCUUCUUAUCCUUUCUCUGGGCUUUGCAAGCUGGAGGGAUGGAGGGUGGCAGAAGGGGGCAGGCGGGGGCAGGAAGAGAGGGUGCUAAUUUGCUGAGGAGGAGGAUGGCUGCCGGAGCAGCAAGGACUCCGAGGAAGCUCUCCAAAGGGUCACAGAUGGAGCAAGACCCUUGGCUGAAGGGCAGCGACCUCUGGAGAGAGGCCUGACAAGUAGGCUUAACCUGCGGAAGAUUUUGCAAGGGCUUUUAAAGCCCUCCUUUCAGGCACUCUGUCCUUGCAAGGUGGCUAUCAAGAUUAGAAAACGCAUGGUAAUACGAUUACAAAACGUAGCAGCAGCUAUAGGGUGCUCGCUUGCUUGCUUUUUUCACGUAUCCAGUGCAGGCUAGAAUGAAUGUGGCUUUGGAAGUGUUUGUUUUGUAAUUUUAAAUCUAGCACUGAUGAGUCAAACCUGGCUAGGACAUUAGUACAUGGAAAAAGGACCCUGGGGUUUUAGGAGGCAGCCCUCUAUCUGUUUAGACAAGAAGAAAGGCCAACAUGCUUGCUGGGAGCCGGCAGACUUCUUUUCUAUCUAAACAUGUGCAGGAUUUUGUCUGUACUUAAGCAAGCAAGCAAGCAAGUCCAGGUGGGCACCCCCUUUACUGCAUUUCGAAGGAGUUUGGGGGGUGCUGGGAACUCCAGGACUUUUUCCUGUCUGAAUAGGCAUAGGAUUGCAGAAGAUGGAUUGGAGCUAGCGGUGCAAUGCAGUGGCAAAAGCAGCUGAUGCAACUUUAGCUUGCGCGAGCAGCAGCAGCAGCAGCAGCAAAAUGCCAUGGGAAAGAGUCGUGUGGCUCUAUUCUUCAUUAAAGGAUUGUCUUGCAGAACUGUGUCAAAUUCUGGAGGACGUUUCAAGGAGGAUGUUGACAUUCUGGAGCAGGUCCAGAAUGGUGAGGGGUCUGGAAAUGAGGAAUGGUUCAGAUCACUGGCUUCCUACAGGGAGUGAUUAAAGGAGCUGGCAGGGUUUAGCCUGGAGAUAAGGGGACAGAGAGACAUGACUGUGGUCUUCCAAGAUCUGAAAGCUGUCAGGCAUGUUGCUUCAGAGGGCGAGACUAGAACUGCUGUUUGGAGGUUGCAAAGAUGCAGAUCUGGGGUGAAUGUAAAGCAAAGCAUCCUAAAUGUAAGGGCUGUUCAGGAAGUGGAAUAAAGCUGCCUUGUGAGGUGAUGGGUUCUCCCUUGCUGAAAAUAUUUAAGGCGAGGCUCUGCUGGGGCAGCUGUGGUUGCAGAGUGCGAGCCUGCAGGUGGUCUAGAUGAUCUCCAGGGUCAGGCCUGCAGGUGGUCUAGAUGAUCUCCAGGGUCCCUUCCCACUCUGUGAUUCUCUUCUCCCAGGGAAUGGGAUUCCCGAGGUGUGGGGCCACUGCUGAGAAGGCUCUGACCUUAGUACCCAUCAGCCUAACAGGUUUUAGUACCCAGUGACUAGAGCCCCUGAUGCUGAUCUCAGUCUUGGCGAGGCACACACAGAAUUUGCAACAUCCCCAAGAUGAAUUUGUGAUGUACCCAGUCCAAGGAAAAUUCUUCCACUAAUACGGAAGCUCUCAAGGCCUGCUACAGCACUGUAGCGAACUAAUUCUUGAUGAUGAAACCUUCAUUGCAGGGUUGAAGGAGUCAAGGUUUAGCAAAGACAUGGGCUGUUUGCUGAGCGUCCUUUGCCCUGGGUCUGUCUGUCUGUCUGUACUCCCUCAGGCGCAGAAGGGAGGGCAGUAAGCAGCAGAUGUUCCAAAUUUGAUAUCAGUGAUGCAUCACACGAACUUAUGACUGCAGGCAGGACCGGUUUUGAGCAGCUGUCAGGCAGGCAGCCUGGUGCUUUUUAGUUAGUGACAGCCCCUUGCCAGCCACCAGCUCAGAACGACUUCCCAGCUAAAAAUGGCGGGGCAUUGACUUGGUGCAUAUGCUGCCGACGAUCUGAUUUUGAGAGUGGCUCCCCAUUGUAAGAUUUCAGGGGCCAAGCUUCUAAUGAUGGAGGCAACCCCAGACGAAGCAUGACACCCAUUCUGUUUUGACAUUUUAUGGCUUUCAGCGGAUGCUCGGGUCUUUGUGUCCUCAGGUGCUAACAGAAAUUCUGCAUGAAGGUAGUUCCAAUUUUUUCAAGAAGAGCAGCGUCUUGAAUGCAAAAUAAGCAAACAUUUCUCUGUAUUUUGCAUGUUUUUGGCAGAUGUUACUGUUGGAUAGAAUGUAUUCUAGAAGUGAAGACUGCCAGAUGUUGGGGACUUCCAGAAGCUCCUUCCAGCAUGGCCAGUGGUUAGGGAUGCUGGGAGUUGGAGUCCAAUGCUUCCGGAGAUCUAUUUUCUGCCUAACUUGUUCUGCUUCCUGACAACCGCAGACCACAAAGGACCACAGUGUAAUUUAUUGAAUUUGGGAUAGAGAAUUGAUUAUUCUGACUAUCAGAACAUCUGCAUCCUACAUUUUAAACAAGAGAUAUUUAAGGAGGGUCACCUAAAUAUAAUAGAGAUGGUGAUGCUUAGUUUCUUCCUCUCUCUUAUCUUGCUCUCUCGCGCCUCUUUGUCAGACUUCUGAUGGUGGGGCAGGAGUAGUUGGGAAGACAGAGGGAAUUGCCUUGGAAGGGAAGCAGAGUUCUCUGGCAAAUUCAGGAAGAAAGAGGCAGCAGUUCUUGUGAGAGCAAAAGUAAUCCUCAAGCAAAAUGGCAAACAGAUGCACAAGCCUGAAAUUCAUUUGUCAGGCAGCAGAAAGACAUCCAGAGUAGCCUCUCGACUAUGGAGAGCCCUUUGAAGGUCCUCUGCAAAAGUACAGCCUCUGUUUGCCACUUCAGCAUGAACAGAGAGGGAAUGGAGCGUCUUUGGGUCAGUUUUGGUGCCACCAUCAAAAAGGCCCUGUCUUGGGUAAGCCUCCAGUGUCCUGCUGGCAUUGGUGGACGGAGGCUCACAGACGAGUAAGAGGAGGUCCUUCAGAAGGAGAGGAACAGAGCCCUGCAUGCUGUCCCUGGUCAGAACCAUUGUCCUGACCAAGAUCCCCAAUAUCUCCAAAAGCAGCUGCUGUGGAACAUUUGUCCGGGUGGGGCUGAGAUGGCUGAACCUGGGGAACGCGUCCUUACUGCUGAACUGAAAGGUGUACCUUUCAAAGCCUGAAAAAGGAUUGCAACAGUCGAGUUAUUUCACAGUGUUCUGCUUCUUUCCUAAACUUCUCCAACCAUCCCCCUCCGCCGAGGCUAGUUGGAUGCAGAACGUCAUGUGGAUGAGAAAUGUCAAGCGCCGCUCCCCUGAAAUGUGUGAAUGAGGCGUGUGGGUAGAACAGGGUGUGUGCGCAUGUGUGAAGAUUGCAGGAGGAAUUGUAUUUCUGAUGGACUCCCGCUGGAUUUCUAAGAAGGGCUGCUUUCCUAGAUUUUGCAAAUUGCAGCAUAAAGUCAUACAAUUGAGGCUGAAAGUCGUGCUGUUGAGGCGGGGGAGCAGGGAGCUAGUAUAAUUCUGCCACAGGGGAUGCGUGAGGAAUCUGGUUUGGGGUUCAGCACCUGGCAGAAUGGCCUGGAUUGGUCCCCUGAAUUCUGGUCUUGCAACCCAGAGCCAGUGCUGGUUCACUUGGGUGUUAGUUCAGCCCACACGUGUCUUUGAAAGUGGGAUGUUAUUCAUUAUUUUCCUAUCCUUUUUGUUCAACAUUGAAUGCAGACAAAUUGCAGCUGAGCUUCACAGAAAACAAAUAUGCACACUGUGGCCUUUGCCAGAAACGAGAGCUGCAAAACACCCCCAACUUGACCUGUUUUCUCCUCUCAGGUAGUCAAGGUGCGGAGCGUCCACCAAGCGCAAGCAGAGCCAGUUCCUCAGUGUGGCCCACCCUUACCAGCCACACAGGCUGCAUUUGUCUGUCCGUCCAUCCGUCCACAAACAUGGACAACAUACAUGCAGAAAGAUCUCUAUUCAUCUGUAUCCAUGAUUCAGAAAAUGCAAGUUGGUCGCCCUCCACAGAGCGGUGCUAGGAGGAGUACCACUUCCCAUGAGCCACAUCUGGUUUUCAGGCUGAAAUGUGGCCAUUUGCCCUAAAAGGGCAGCUGUAGGUAGCUUAACUCAGAAACAACUCAGAAGCUUCCUCCCUAGGAAGCAUUUUUCGGGAUUUCUGCCUUAAUCCUUUUUUCUUGCAUCUUCUGAUGCAGGAUGAAUGGAACCUUUAUGGGUCUACACAUAUUUUGAACUUUGACUCCGAUGAACCCUAGCAGGUAUAGCCGAUGGUCAGGAAAGCUGGCCGUUGAAGUUCCAAACCUCUGGAGGCAGAUUAGGUAAAGAAAGACUCAGUGAAGCUCACCUGCUGAUCUUCACAGGGGAGUAAGGAUUUGAACCCGGGUCUUCCAAGUCCUGCCUGGGCACUCUAACCACUACAGAUCGCUGCUCCACACACUGCACUUUUCUGGGGAUGCCAGUAACACAUUGUCAGUUCCUUACGUUUCCGAAUAUUUCUGAAUAUUUCUCAGACUGAAGGACAAACAAAUCCCAUCUUGGCUAUGAAAGCUGCAGAUCGGCCUUCACAAAGUGCAGAAACCCGAAGCACAACAGAUUAGAAGAACAUUUGGUUGUGCAGCUCAGGCAGAAUUCUUUGGUAUGGUAGAUGUGUUUUACACACACAUUCGCACACAGAGAGUGGGUGUGCAAACACCAAAUCUACAGGAGGAUGGGAGAGAAAUUGGUGCCAAAAAGAGGUAUAGAAGGCGUUUGUUAUGUUCCGGAAAAGUUCUGUGUUUAUUUUUCCAGCAUGGGGAGGGGAGUUUUCACAGCGCCUGAAACUGGAGUUCUAUCUACUGUAAAAAUUCUGUGCACUGUUUUCCUUUAUGUUCCCCAACUUGGUUUUUGGUAGGUAAAGUCAAUACAGAAGCUUCCUUUCCUGCAGAUAAGGAAAACUAAAUGCUCACAGUUUCUCUAGCAGGAAAGCCUAAAAGCAAACCCUGAACAAGGUUUUUAACUGCCCCCUUAGCAUUUCCUUUUCUUGGUCUGUUAUCAUGGGAAAGGCAGAAGCAUAUUUCAAGAUUUGGACUGAAGAUCGAAACUGGGCCCUUUCACCAGCAAAGGGGUAGAGAGAAGGGAGGGCACGGUCUCCGGGCUACUAAAGAUUCAAACUUCUCUUUCCCCUUUGGUGGAUAUCGAUUGCAGAUGGCUUUUCCUUUUUCAUAUGCAUUGUGGGGUUUUUUUUAAUGAGAUUGUUCCAAAUUUAUCUACAAGUCGCUUUGAAUGUAUUUGUAAAGCAAAGUGGGGAAGCAAGAGUUAAACAAAGAAGGCCAGUUCUGGAAUAAGGAAGACUUAAGGCCAGUGGGUUGGGAUGAGGAUGGUGAUGAUGAUACGAUUCCUGCCUCUUGGGAUCCCCAGAGCAACGUAGCAACGUCCGUUGUGGGAGUGUAGAGUUGCACUUGCACCUGGCGGAAGUGUGCAGAUGAACUCGCGUAUUGCUUGUAACAGCUUUAAUGACGUGUUUGGUGGAAACCACAACGAGAGCUCGGCUUGAGGAGAAGGGCUCAGCCCCCGAGAGUCUGUGGAAAGUACCAAAAGUUCCAGGGCUCUGGCCCACCAGCCGAGGGAGAAAACGCAGAAGUUUGCAUGUGCGAAUUUACAUCAGCAUUUGCUGAAGCCUCUGUCUCUAGAGAGAUGCUCCUAUUGGUGAGACCAGAUGCGUGGGCAGGAGAGGAGGGCAUCUGAUUUCCGAAAACGUCUCAAGCAGAAAGAUUCAGGUGUGGCAGCAGGAAGCAGAAAGGCAACUCGUCCAGCCGGACCGGGGCCCCAGCUGCUCUUGCUUCUUGGUUUCCUUCUCACAGCGGGUACUGCUUGCCUCCUCAAGGGGCAGAGAGCCAGCGAGCCAGGGGGCUGGUCCUCCUCCUCACCUCCACCUGGGCCGGAGCAGCAAGCGGCUUGCGGAGGGAUAAAUGCCCAGGCCCGGAAGCUCCAGCGGAACCGGGCCAAGGGCAACAUGACCCUCCUGACGGCCUGUAAGGGCCACGCCACGCCACCCACCCUCCGGCGCACGGUCAGUGAGGCCAGCCUCAGCCAGGUGGGCACGCAGGACGAAGGAGAGGGGGAAAGCCUGAAAAGACACUGCUCCACGUUGCCCGAGACCAUCCAGUGUCUGGAGGAGGCCCACGAGGGGCAGCUGGUCUCCACCGAGGAGCAGAACGGCAGCAGCGUGAGGCACUCCUUGUACCAGUUUCCACACCUCCUGCUCCUGCAGGGCUACAACCAGCAACACGACAGUUUGGUCUACUUGCUGAACCGCGACCAGCACACUGUCGGCCAAAGGACCCAAGCCAGCAAACCCGGCAUCAGCCUUUCUGCCCCGGACAUCCUCCCGCUCCACUGCACCAUCCGGCGGGUCCGAGUGUCCGGCCGCUCACGGCACCGCUCGGAAGAGAAGCUCGUCCUCGAGCCCAUCGCGGGGGCCAGCGUCUCCGUCAACUUCUCCGAGGUGGGCAGGACGGUGACGCUGCAUCACGGAGACCUCGUCUCCCUGGGCCUCUACUACCUGUUCCUCUACAAGGACCCGCUGAAAACCCAGCCGCUGCCCGCCCAGACCCUGAUGCGGCUCAGGGCCGUGCGCCGGGCCUCGGAGCCGGAGCUGUCCUCGGCCUGCAAGAUAUGUGGCAGCCAGGUCAAGGACAGGGCUGCUGCCGCACCCAGGAAGCAGGACCUGCAGCUGCCGGCCGGCCGGAGAGGCGGCCGGAGGAAGCUGCAGCUGGAGUUCGACAAGGCCGACGAGGACCUGCUGCUGCGAAGAAUCCUCAUGCUCCUGGAGCCCACGGGGGAUGACCACAAGCUCACCCCGGCCUUCCUGCUGUGUCUCUGCAUCCAACACUCUGCCAGCCACUUCAAGCCGGGAGACUUUGGCCAGCUGCUCCUCAAGGCGGCCAAGAUGAUCCAGCGGACCGUCUGGGAGAAAACCAACGAGCUAGCCGAGAAGCAGUCCCAACACCAGGACCCAGUAUCCCUCUCCCGCUUCACCAUCGCAGACCUCCUGCCCGACCUCCAGCACAUUAUCUUCUGGAUGUCCAACGCCAUCGAAAUCCUGUACUUUGUCCAGCAGAAAUCCCCAGUUUACAUCCAGAACAUGGAAGAGGAGCUUGAUAUCCGAGGCUCCAAGGAAUCUCUCUUUUCCCUGACCAUCACCGCCAGCGAGGAAGCCAUGACGGUUCUAGAGGAAGUCAUCAUGUAUACCUUCCAGCAGUGUGUCUACUACAUCUCCAAGUCUCUGUACAUGUCUUUGCCUCCACUCCUGGAGUGCAACCCCUUCCAAAGCGAGGGGCGCGACGGGUGGCUCACAUCUCCCCCACUGCCUGAGGAAAUCCGCAGAGUGGUGCUCAUCUACCAGGCCACCCUGGACCUCCUCCGUCAGUACGAGGUGCACCUCGAAAUCGCCUCCCAGAUGUUCGCCUACUUGUUCUUCUUCUCCAACACGCUUCUCUUCAACCAGCUCAUGGAGAAGGGGUCCUCUCUGGGCUGCUUCCACUGGUCGAGGGGAGUGCAGGUGAGAGCCACGCUGCGGCUCCUCCUGGAGUGGGCCCAGAACGCGGGCUUUGGGAAGCUGGCGGACCAGUUCUUCGGCAAGCUCUCCAGCGUGGCAAGCCUGCUGGCCAUGCCGAAUUCCCAGCUGGUGCAGAUGACGUGGUCCAUGCUGCGAACAGAAUUCCCAGCCCUGACGGCCGCCCAGCUGCAUCACAUCCUAAGCCAGUACCAGACCUCACCUGACGUGGGUUGUAUACCUGUGUGGCAGCCCAGCAAAGAGGAAAGCCUCGCUGCGUUGAGGACAGAUGACGUUCUGGAGUCCUUCGACAACCACCCUCCCAUCAUGCUGCCCAGCGGAGGGUUCAAGGUGGACCUGGAGGUGGAGCACCUGGAUGACAAUAUCUAUCGGCACCUCCUUUACAUCCGGCAUUUCUUGUGGAGCCUGCGCAGCAAAAGUCCCCACCUCAGCGACUCGCCUGACACCGAAUCGCCAAAGACAGAAGCACUCGGCUGCCAGUCCAGUCCACAGGUAGCCUCAGAGAAGCUGGUCACUGGGAGCUUUUCCAGCCGGGCAAACCGCAGGCGGAUGGUGAGCUGUCCUGAGCCAGGGAUGGACGAGGGUCUUCCCCCUCCCCUGGGCACCAAUGGAUCGACCCGGGACCCCUGUGAGAUGCUGCCCCCAGAGACUCUCCAGCGGCCCCUAGGGAAGAGCAGCUCCAAGCCGGGGGCGCCGCUCUUGACGGACCCCUCCUGCUUGAUGACCCCGCCGAACACGCCCAUGCCCAUCGACCUGAGCCUCGAACCGAGCCUGGAGACCACCCCCGGGAAAGACCCGCGGAGGAAUGGGCUGAACGGUGCCAAACCCACAACGGCUGAUGGCUCUUCACCAACCCCCUGUGACUUCCCCACGCCUGCGUCAUCCAGCCGCAGCUCAGCCACGGACGAUUUCUGCUACGUUUUUGUCGUGGAGCUGGAGAAAGGGCCCAUCGGGUUGGGGAUGGGAUUGAUCGACGGCCUGCACACCCCCCUGAAUUCUCCUGGGAUCUACAUCCGGACUCUGAUCCAGGACAGCCCUGCAGCAGCCGACGGGAGACUCUCCAUCGGGGACCGUAUUCUCGCCGUCAAUGGCACGAGCCUCAUCGGUUCGGAUUACCAGAGUGCUGUGGACCUCAUCCGAUCAGGGGGAAAGAAACUGCGGUUUCUGGUGGCCAAGUCUGAUCUGGAGGUGGCCAAGAAAAUCAGCUAUAGUUCUUCUCCUUCUCCGUAAAAAAAGUCCACCUGGAAGAACCCUUCUGCUUCUCCGCCGAGGAUGCUGCCUCAAGGACGAUGAUGCGGGCCAGUGCUGGCGUGUGCGGCUGGCAAGCUUGGCACGUGCCGACUGCGGCCUGGAGCAGCACCUGGUCAGAGCUGAGGGGCGGAGUGGGGAGCUGGGCUGUGGCUGCCCACAUCCGGGAACAAGAGGCGCUCAGUAUAUACCAGCAUGCACUUUCCAAGCAGGGACGGUGAGCAGGAUCUGCUGGCAGCUCUUCAUGGACGUGCUGACUUGGGACCAGCCUAGCCACUUUCCAUCUCAAAUGUGCAAGCUGUCCAGGUCACACAAUGCCCCUUGGAUCUGGGUGUCGCCCGUCUGAAAUCGCCGUCUCCCAGCUACUCCAGACUGCUUCUCUCUCAGUUCCUGAGCUCUGGGCUGCCCCAAAAUGAGCUGGAGUGGCAGAGGGCGGCCAUGGUGCUGCUAAAGCAAGCCGGGUUCAAGAACGUGUCCAGCUAGCAGUUUCUGUUGCUCCUGACUGGAGACUGCGGCAACGAAUGGGGGAGCCUGGUGUUUUCUUCUAAACUCUGCACGCUGCUCAAGGGGCCUCUUUGCUCAGGGCUUGCUGCCUCCCUCCAUGGGAUGCUGCGGUCAAGGAGCACUUUUAAAAACCAUGUUUCAGGAGUCAAAACACUCCUGGGCGGCACCUAAUGAAAGUAAGAACUACAUCUAGGUGGGAAUUUUAGGGAAGCUCCCUUGCCCAUGGGAGAAGGUGGGUUCAUACAAAGGGAAAACGGUUGUAGCCUAACCUUUAACUUGCAGCAUUCUGUUUACAAGUUGGUCUUUAAAACAUUGCCAUGAAUUGCCGUC